CUUAACGUCACGUGCUUGCUUCAAAUAUCAAAACAACCUUACCUUCCUGAGUAAUCAACCAAAAAGAAGAAAGAAAUAGGUAUCGAAAUUGUUUUUGAAAAAUACCUAAACUCUUAAUGCAGUAGAUUAUAAAAAAAAUGGCGAAAUUGGAACUGCUACAAACAUUAAAUGGUCACAAAGGCAUUGUCUGGAAUGUAGCAUGGCACCCUCAGGGUAAAAUAUUUGCAUCAUGUGGAGAAGACAAAACUAUAAAACUAUGGAGUAAAGAAGGAACUGAAUGGAAGAUUAAGACAGUUCUUGUAGAUGGACAUCAACGCACAAUAAGGCAAGUGGCCUGGUCACCUUGUGGGAAUUUUUUGGCAUCGGCCAGUUUUGAUGCAACAACAGCUAUUUGGGAUAAGAAAAGUGGUCAGUUUGAAUGUAAUGCUACAUUAGAAGGCCAUGAGAAUGAAGUCAAAAGUGUAGCUUGGUCACCAUCUGGCCAGCUGCUGUCAACAUGUGGGAGGGACAAAUCAGUUUGGGUCUGGGAAGUGGCCGGGGAAGAUGAAUAUGAAUGUGAAUCAGUUUUGAAUGUGCACAAUCAAGAUGUCAAGAAAGUAGUUUGGCACCCAUGCCUAGACAUAUUGGCCUCAGCCUCAUAUGAUAACACUGUUAAACUUUAUAAGGAAGAUCCAGUAGACAAUGACUGGACAUGUAUUGCUACUCUUCAAUCACAUGAGUCCACUGUAUGGAGCUUGGCCUUUGAUAAAACAGGUGCGAGACUAGCCACAUGCAGUGAUGACAAAACUGUUAAAAUUUGGAAAGAAUAUAAACCAGACAACCAAGAGGGUGUGAUAGUGAAUGAUAGAGAAUCAAUUUGGAAAUGUGUUUGUACAUUAUCAGGAUAUCACUCCAGAUGUGUUUAUGAUAUAGCCUGGUGCCACAAGACUGGCUUACUAGUUACUGCAUGUGGUGAUGACAUUAUAAGAAUCUUCAAAGAAUCUGAGGAAUCAGAUCCAAAUGCUCCAACAUUUGAACUUAUUUGUACCAAAUUGAAUGCCCACGCUCAGGAUGUCAACUGUGUCACUUGGAACCCGAAUGGCAGCCAAGAGCUACUUUCCUGUAGUGAUGAUGGAGAAAUAAAAAUAUGGCAGUUUACAGAAUAAUCAAAAUGUUCUUUCACUUGCUUUGUUUUUAUAUUGUAGUCAUUUUUGGGAAUCAAUUUUGUUUACAAUAAAUAUGUUUUGGUAACAAAUAGUUUCACUCACAUAACCUAUGCCUAUUAUAAAUUCUUCUACUGCCUUUGAACUUAAUCUUUUUAGAUGCAUUAAGUGUAUCUUUAUUUAUACUUGGAAUAUG